AUGGUGUCCCUCGGUAUCCUUUCGUCUAGCGACAAGGCGUCAGCGAACCGAUCCAAGUCUGCCCUCGUCGAGUCCGAGCUGCUGCCAGACUACAUCCAAGACGCCGCGCAGCUGCCAUGCGUCCCACCCGAGCGGCCUGACCUGCACCAGCUCAACAGUUGCCUCGAGGCGCUGGCCGCCGUCUUUCCCGACAUCCAGAUCGAGGUCUUUCGUGAGCUCCUGUCCAAUUUUGACGGCGAGUCGCGGCUCGCCCUCGUCGCCGACGCGCUACUCAAGAACCGCGUCACAUGGGUCAAGGGCCGGUGGCGCGUCCCCGACAAGGAUGACCGCCCGAACGGCCGCCCGCUGGUGCCCCGGUCCGACGCCUUUCGAAGCCCCGAGUACAAGCGGGCGGUGCGCACGCUCGCCUGGCAAGAGUUUCGCGGCCUCUCCCGCUCCACGAUUGACGGCGUCCUCGCCGAGUCCAACUACUCGUACCUCGAUUCCCGUCGCACCCUUGCCACGCUGUCGUCCAAGUCGUGGCGGUUCACGAUAUCCUCCAUCUUUUUCCGAAGAAAGCCGAUAUCCACUGGGGAGGCCGAACACCACCCGCUCGUCGUGUGGAAAUCGAGCGGCCAGGGGUUCAUCAUACCCGUCAUCCGCGCGACCGGCAGCGCCGAGCUCGACAGGGAACUCUACGAAACGCUGGUGGCGCCGUUAAAGAAACGAGACAGGGAGGUCAAGGAGGCUUCCGAUCGCCAACUAGCCCAAACACUCAACCAGCAGGAGGCAGAAGAGGCAGGGGCCACGUACGAGUGCGGUUGCUGCUUCACGACGGCCCCGUUUGAAGAAAUGACGUCGUGUACAAAAUCCGGCCACAUGACUUGCUUCGACUGCAUACAAAACUCGAUAAAGGAGGCACUUUUUGGACAGGGCUGGCAGAGCAGCGUAAACCCCGAGACCGGGACACUCAAGUGCCUUUCUACUGAGGGUGAUCGAUGUCUUGGGCAGAUUCCAUACGAACAACUUCAGCAGGCAAUGAUGCAGCAAAAAGGUGGCGCCGACAUGCUCCUGAAACUGGAUCGUCGAUUGGCAGACCAUGGUCUCAUUGAAUCCAAAGUACCGCUCAUUCGCUGCCCUUUUUGCAACUAUGCGGAAAUCGACGACCUCUAUCUGCCGGCCGAGGAAGCCGGACUGCGCAUCCGGUUCGACAGUGGCUACCAAAUACUAUUUCUCGGUGCUACGGCCAUUGCACUACUGCUUCUUCUUCCGGUAAUUCUUCUCAUCACACUGCUGUGUGUCGUCGCAGCAGCGUGCAUCCCCUUGGCCCCAUUCUUCCAAAGACACUGGGCGCAGGCCGUCGGCCGACACAGCCGCCGACGGCGCGGCCUUAAAUUUACCUGCCAGAGCCCCGACUGCAAGCGCAUAUCAUGCCUUUCGUGCCACAAGCCCUGGAAGGACAUUCACAUCUGCCACGAGUCAUCGCUGGUCGCGCUGCGCACGCAGGUUGAGCAGGCCAUGAGUAUGGCCGUCAAGCGCGUGUGCCCACGGUGCAACACGUCAUUCGUCAAGAAUUCCGGCUGCAACAAGUUGACCUGUCCCUGCGGCUACAAGAUGUGCUACGUCUGCCGCGCCGACCUGGGCGACGAGGGCUACCGCCAUUUUUGCGACCACUUCCGCCCCGACGGCGACCCGCGACCCUGCAAAGAAUGCGACCGCUGCAAUUUGUGGGAGUCGGAGGACACGGACCGCAUCCUGCGUGAGGCUCGCGAGGACGCUGAGCGCAGAUGGAAGGACAUGGAGAAGAGGGAGCUGUCGGGCAGCGAAAAAGCGUUUCUGGCCACUGGCUACAUCAACAAAAGCCACGACGUGGGCCUACGCAGGUUGCUGCAGCGCGGUCAGCUUCCCACGCUCGGCGAAGUGUGUGAUUUGGUCAUUGACACUGUCUUUAUGUAG